CACUACUUGAUCAAGAUAGCGUCCAGCAGCAACAUGGAUGUUAGCAGAGUCUCUUUGUUGUGUAGAGAAAGUGUGUGUGAGCUCCAACAGUUCUGAUCCAUCAGAGCCUCUGUGUGUCUGGAUCAACCUGUCUGAAUGGACUUUGUGCUCUUCAGCUUUUAUUCUGAAGGUCUGACCUCUGACUCAUCUCCCGGUAGCCUACAAAGCUACUGAAGUUAGCUUAGCAUGCUAGCUGGUUAGCAACACAGCUGCUAGUCAGAGUGACCGUUUGAUGGAGAGCAAACUGUGUUUCUGACGGAGUCUGAUGGAGAGCAAGUUUCUGUCAUUGUGGUAAAAUGUGUAAAGUCCAGAUGCUGAGAGCGUUGGUGAAGCAGCGACUAACUGCGGCUGCUGAAGAGAUAUGUGGGCUGUUUGAAAGAACGAUAGCAGAGUACGAGGAGGAACUCUCUCGAUCAAAAGAGGAGAACGAGCGACAACAGAAACUACUGGACGCUGUUUUACACCCUCAGCUUCAGUUACACAGAGCAGACAUCCAGCAGCUGUUGGUGGUUAAAGAAGAUGUUCUCCCUGAGCAGCAGGAGUGGAGCUCCAGUCUGAUUCAGGAGGACCCAGAGUCCCAACACAUUAAAGAGGAACAGGAAGAACUUUGGACCAGUCAGGAGGGAGAGCAGCUUCAAGGACUGGAGGACGCUGAUAUCACCUAUCCUGUCCCUGUGAAGAGUGAAGAUGAUAAAGAGGAACCUCAGUCCUCACAGUUUCAUCAAAGACAAACUGAACAGAUGGAAACAGAAACUGAUGGAGAGGACUAUGGAGGACCAGAACCAGAGACUGAUCACAGUGAGGUCCCUGUCAGUGAUUCCAGAUGUAGUGCUGACGUCCAGCAGCUGUUGGUGGUUAAAGAAGAGGUUCCCCCUGAGCAGCAGGAGUGGAGCUCCAGUCUGGACCAGGAGGACCCAGAGCCCCCACACUUUAAAGAGGAACAGGAGGAACUCUGGACCAGUCAGGAGGGAGAGCAGCUUCAAGGGCUGGAGGAGGCUGAUAUCACCAAGUUCACAUUCACUCCUGUCCCUGUGAAGAGUGAAGAUGAUGAAGAGGAACCUCAGUCCUCACAGCUUCAUCAAAGACAAACUGAACAGACAGAAACAGAAGCUGAUGGAGAGGACUGUGGAGGACCAGAACCAGCGAGGAACUCAGAUCCAGACGUCCAGCAGCUGUUGGUGCUUAAAGAAGAGGUUCCCCCUGAGCAACAGGAGUGGAGCUCCAGUCUGGACCAGGAGGAACCAGAGCCCCCACACAUUAAAGAGGAACAGGAGGAACAGGAGGAACUCUGGACCAGUCAGGAGAGAGAUCAGCUUCAAGGGCUGGAGGAGGCUGUUAUCACCAAGUUCCCAUUCACUCCUGUCCCUGUGAAGAGUGAAGAUGAUGAUGAAGAGGAACCUCAGUCCUCACAGCUUCAUCAAAGACAAACUGAACAGAUUGAAACAGAAGCUGAUGGAGAGAACAGUGGAGGACCAGAAUCAGCCAUGAACUCAGAUCUGGAUAGACAUCCAGAACCAGAUACUGUUGACAAGACUGGAGACUGUUCUGAACCCGAGACUGAAGUCAGUGAUGAUGAUUGUCAGGAGACCAGAGAACCUCAGUCAGGUUUAAACUCUCUGAAUAACGAUGAAGUCCCUGUAAAUAACGUCAAAUGUAAUGCUGCUGAAAAGUCUUUUAUCUGCUGUGAAUGUGGUCGAAAAUUUGGUCGUAAGGACAGUUUACGGAGACACAUGAGGUUUCACACGGGAGAGAAACCAUAUAGUUGCUCAGUUUGCGGUAAACGAUUUUCUCAGAGGCCAAACUUAAUUCGUCACAUGAGGUGUCACUCUGGAGAAAAACCUUUCAGCUGCUCGUUCUGUGACACAAGUUUCGCCGUGCGGAGCGCUUUGGUAAAUCACAUGAGAAUCCACACUGGGGAGAAACCGUUUAGUUGCUUAUAUUGUGACAAAAGCUUCACACAAAAGGGGGGUCUGAAAAAACACAUGACAGUCCACACAGGAGAGAAACCAUAUGCUUGCCCAGUGUGUGAUAAAAGCUUUUCUCAAAAGGCAAAUCUGACGUACCACUUCUCAGUGCACACAGGACAGAAACAGUUCAGCUGCAGCGUUUGUGACAAAAGGUUCACGUGGCAGUCGCAGGUCAAAAGUCACAAGUGUGUCGGUGAGAGCAGCAGCAACAACUGAAGCUGCUCAUUCAGCUGUGAAUAGUGAUGGGUGCUAGGGGUGG